CCGCGCACCUCCUCCCCGAAAACCAUCGGCACGCCGACCCGCCGCGCACGAUCCGCGGAAGCAAUCCCGCGCGCCGCCGCCCGGAGCAACCAAGGUCCAGACAGGCAGGCUUUUCGGAAAGGCAUGGCGCAUGAUGAAGCCGUGGCUACCCAGAGGAGUGGAAAAAUAGGUUCACCUCCCAAGGAUCAACCAGCUCCCUAUCCGUAUCCUGAUUGGUCAGCCAUGCAGGCAUACUAUGGCCCUGGUGUCCUGCCACCAACAUAUUUUGCCCCACCAAUGGCUCCUGGUCAUCCACAUACGCCGUAUAUGUGGGGUCCUCAGCCUAUGAUGGCACCCCCUUUUGGAACGCCAUAUGCCGCUAUGUACCCACAUGGUGGAGCUUACCCGCAUCCGCUUAUGCCCAUGAUGGCAAAUCCAUUGAGCGUGGAGCCAGCCAAAUCUGCAACCAGUAAAGAUAAAAGUUCCAAUAAGAAACUUAAGGAAAUUGAUGGGACUGCAGUAUCUACUCGCAGUGGUGACAGUAAAAGAACAUCAUCCAGUGGGGAUUAUAGCGGGGAAGGCUCCAGUGAUGUAAAUGAUCUGAAGGUGAGCAGGACUCCUAGGAGACGGAGCUUGGAUGGUGGACUUGACACAGAAGCAACCGCCGCUGCGAGGAAUACAGAUGUUUUGACUCCUAACCCUAUAAUGGGAAAUGGAGCAAUUCUGUCAAACCAAUGUUUUCCAGUUCCGGUCAUUAAACCCAGUAUCACUAAUGUUGCUAAUUCAAGAGCAAUAGGCACACCAGUAUCUCAAUUGCCAGGUGUUAUGGUUCCAACUCAUACGGGAAUAUCAGCUGAAAUAUCAAAUAAGGAUGAGAGGGAAGUAAAGCGUGAAAAGAGGAAGCAAUCAAAUAGGGAAUCUGCUAGACGUUCGAGGCUGAGAAAGCAGGCUGAGACAGAGGAGUUGGCUGUACAAGUAGAAUCACUUACGGCCGAGAACACAUCUCUAAGAUCUGAAAUCGGCAAGCUAACGAAAAGCUCCGAGAAGCUCAGAAUGGAGAAUUCUGCUCUAGCGGUGAAACUUAAGGACACUGCAGCACCGACCGAUGCAGAGAUGCCUCCGGACAAACCACCAGCAGCAGCUGCAUCCUCCUCUCCUCGCAUUGUGGAGAAUUUCCUGUCGAUGAUUGACGACACAAGCAAGUCAGGCGUAAGCAACCAUAUGGAACAAAGCGAGCCCAAGCUUCGCCAGCUCUUAGGCUCCAGCGCGCCGACAGAUGUUGUAGCGGCUAGCUGAUUGAUUAGCCACUGAUAUCUUCUUGCAUGCGGCCUGGGGAUUCUGCAAGAUCAUGCUGCUCACAUAACAUCGGCUUUAAGUGUAGGUAUUUAUUUGAUGAGUAUAUUCAGGAAAACGGUUUUACAUCUAUUUCAAGUUCCGGUUUCCAAAAAAACUGUACAUCAGUUCAGGCACCAAAGCUGAAGUCUCAUGGGCCUUAUUUUCACUGUAAGCUUAAUUAGCAGUGUUGUAACAUAGGGGUGUUGUGCUUCAUGCCAACCUUUUAAUAACUUUCUGAGAUCUCUGUACCUUCAGUGCCAUACAAACAAAAACUGUGAAAAUAGUAUAUGCAAGAGGAUACGGAAACAAUCCAAUUUAAGUGUUGAA